CCGAAGAGAGAAGACUUCUUUCUCUAGUGAAGCUUGGGAGGAGCCGAGGGGGUUGUCUCAGAUCCACACGAAGCAUUUCUCCGUUUCCUAGCUUGAGAAAAGAUGAGCAAAGAAGAGUUCAUGAAGAUCCAGACUUGUGUUCUCAAAGUGAACAUACACUGCGAUGGUUGUAAGCAUAAAGUCAAGAAGAUCUUGCAGAAGAUUGACGGGGUGUUCACGACCAAGAUAGAUGCAGACCAGGGGAGAGUGACUGUGUCUGGGAAUGUCGACCCAGCAGUUCUCAUCAAGAAACUCUCUAAAUCUGGCAAGCAUGCCGAACUCUGGGGAGCUCCGAAGCUCAACAACAACAAUCAGAAUCACAACCACUUGGCCAAUCAGUUGAAGAACAUGCAGAUCGACCACGGCAAAGGCGGCGGUAAAGGCCAGAAGAACGGCGGCGGAGGCGGUGGAGGUGGAGGUGGCGGAGGUGGAGGUGGUGGCGGCGGCGGUGGUGGUAACCAGCCCAAGAUGAUGGGUCAGCCGCUGAUCAAUCUAUAUGUAUAUAUAUAUACAUUUCAAGAUCUUAAGCUGCCGCAGCUGAAGGACUUCAAAGGGCCUGUUCCUAUGCUCAACAAGAACCCUCCUCCCAACCAGAAAGCUGUUAAGUUCGAUGUUCCUGAGGAUGAUGACUUCAGUGACGAUGAGUUCGACGAUGAUGAGUUCGAUGAGGACGACGAUGAAUUCGAUGAUGAUUUGGACGAUGACUUUGACGAUCACCCUCCUCCACCCAAUAAGAUGAAACCCAUGAUGAUGCCCAACAUGAUGCCAAACAUGAUGCCUAACGCUCAACAACUCAUGAACGCCGCUAAAAACAACGGCGGCGGUAAUGGAAAUAACGGCGGUAAAAACGGUGGCAACGCCGUCCCCAUUCCAGUCCACAUCGGCGGUGGCGGUGAUAAAGGUGGAAACGCCGGCAAAAAGGGCGGUCCCGGUGGUGGAGGCGGCAACGGAGGGAAUCCAAACCAGGGCGGUGGCAAGAACGGCGGUAAAAACGGUGGUGGCGGUGGUGGCCAACCUCACGGUAACAGCGGUGGCGGUGGAGGAGGCCAGAAUAACAAUAAAGGUGGCGGUAACGGUAACGUUAAUAUAGGUGGUCCAAACGGUCCUAAGAAGGGGAAUGGCGGUGGUGGCGGCGGCGGAGGUGGAAUGCCGCCUGGAUUUCACCCCAUGGGAGGCGGCGGGGGUGGCGGGAUGCCACCGAACAUGAGCAUGGCCAUGGGAGGUGGUGGUCCAAUGGGUAACUUACCGCCAAUGGGCGGUCCAAUGCCAGAGGGUCAGGGUUCGCCGGCCGCGGGUCCACGCCCUGGUGUGCCGGAAUACUUCCAAGGAGCCGGUCCGGACCCAAUGCCAGGCAACCCCUACCACCAACCCCAACCACAAUCCCAACAGCAGCAGCAAUAUUUAGCGGCCGUUAUGAACCAGCAGCGAGCCAUGGGGAACGAGCGGUUCCAGCCGAUGAUGUACGCUCCGCAACCACCCGCUGUGAACUACAUGCCACCUCAUCCGCCGCAGUAUCCGUACCCUUAUCCGUAUCCAUACCCGUAUCCGCCUCACGGAGGCGAUCAGUACUCACAUUUCUUGAGUGACGAGAACCCAUCAAGCUGCAGUAUAAUGUGAACCAACAAAAACAAAAUUAUAUAUAUUUAUAUAUAAUAUUAUAUGAUCAUAAGGUAAAAAAAAAAGAGGAUGCUUCUUAUAGUUUGUAUCCUUCCCGGUCUCUCUUUGGUUGGUUAUAUACAUGAAAAUGGGGGGUGUUUUUACAACUCUUUUCAAAUCGAAUCCUAAGUUAUUUUAGGGUUUUUAAUUUGUGAUAGUUUCAGUAGUUUUUAUAGAUCAUAUCGUAAUAUAUAUAUAUAUAAUAUAAAAUCUAAAUUGUACCCACUCCCCUUCUUUUUCUUGUUGUGUCGUUAUGGAUUCCUAAUGAGAUAAUGUUCAUAUGUGUUUAUA